AUGAUCGUGAGACACGGUAAUCCGUGUUAUGAUCGUGAGACGUUAGCACCACAACGAUGUGUGCCUGACUUCAUCAACGCGGCGUUUAACCUCGAAGUUGAGGCAUUUGCACAUCCGGCUCGUUACCUCACCGACUUUAAUAAUGCUAAUAAUGAAACAUGGUGGCAGUCGGAGACUAUGAAUGAGCAUAUGCAAUAUCCAAACAGUGUGAAUCUUACGCUAACCUUAGGAAAAACUUUUGACAUCACCUAUGUUAGAUUAAAGUUUAUUUCCCCACGACCAGAGUCUUUCGCGAUAUACAAGAAGACAUCCUUAGAUGAUGAAUGGGUACCAUGGCAGUUCUACUCCGGAUCAUGUCGUGCCACAUAUGGCCUUCCUGACAAGGCUCCAAUCCUUCCGGGAAAUGAGGCGGUUGCUCAAUGCACGAAGGAAUUCUCUGACAUUUCACCAAUCACUGGAGGAAAUAUUGCGUUUUCGACGCUUGAGGGCAGGCCGUCAGCACAUGCAUUCGAGGACAGCGAUGUGUUGCAGCAAUGGGUAACUGCAUCAGCCAUCAAAAUUGUCCUGAAUCGAAUGAACACCUUCGGUGACGAGGUUUUCGGUGAUCCACAAGUACUGAGAAGUUAUUACUACGCGAUAUCCGACUUUGCUGUCGGAGGCCGGUGUAAAUGCAAUGGUCACGCAUCGGAAUGUGUUCGCUCCUCUAGUGUAGAUGGUGAGAAUAGGCUAGUCUGUCGAUGUGAACACAACACCCAAGGAGCUGACUGUGAUCAGUGCCUGCCGUUCUACAAUGACCGACCGUGGAGACCGGGAACCGCUAAUGAAGCCAACGAAUGCAUAGCUUGUAACUGCUCCCAGCUGUCCAAUCGUUGCUUCUUCGACCAGGACUUAUUUGAAAGAACCGGCCAUGGAGGGCACUGCAUCGACUGCCAAGGCAACACACAUGGAGUGCAUUGCGAGAACUGUGCCCCGAAUCACUGGCGACGGCCUGGUGACAACUAUUGUGUGAGCUGCGGUUGUAAUGAGGUCGGAUCACUGUCACUUCAAUGUGAUAACACUGGUCAAUGUCACUGCAAGCCGGGCGUUGGUGGACGGUUCUGCGACCAAUGCAUGGAUGGCUUUUUCGAGUUCGGUCCCAACGGAUGCAAAGAUUGUGGUUGUGAAGUGGCUGGAUCACAUGGAAACCACCCACAUUGCGACGCUGUUACCGGUACAUGUCGCUGUAAAUCCAACGUCGAAGGACGGCAAUGUAACAAGUGCAAACCAGGCUACUUUGAUUUAUCUAAAGACAACCAGUUUGGAUGCACUCCUUGCUUCUGCUUCGGACAUUCCUCAAUAUGUGCGACGGCACCCGGCUAUUAUGCGAUGAACAUCACCUCAGAGUUCGAUACCGACAAGGAAAAAUGGUCUGCGCAGUCGCACCAUGGCCUUCUUGAUGCACAAUGGGCAGAGCUGGACCAUGCUGUCGCAGUAAGUUCUAAUUGUCCAGUAAAUGUCGAUUACGGCCUACUCUCACACGCACUUAUGAAAAUGAUUGAGGCUAGCAGUGUCGAUGAAGGACCAGUACAUUUCAUCGCUCCGGAACAGUUCACUGGUGAUCAGCGCAGCUCAUAUAAUCAGCUGUUAACCUUCGAUCUUCGAGUCACUAAGCAAGGUGCAAGACCCAGUGUGAAAGAUGUUGUCAUUGUUGGUGGUGAUGGACAAGAAUUAUCGCUUCCAAUAUUCGCUCAGGAUAACCCAACACCUGGACCGGAAAAACAGUCCUAUCGUUUCCGUAUUCAUGCGGAUCCCCAGUUUCAAUGGCAUCCUCGCCUCAAUGAGUUGGAUUUCAUUGGUAUACUGUCGAAUGUUACUGCUCUGAAGAUUCGUGGCACCUAUUCGCAUCAAGAUGUUGGUUUUCUAUCGAACGUUCAUCUUGGAACAGCUGGACUGGCACCAGCGGCAGAUCCUCGACCGGCUAACUGGGUGGAGCACUGUGAUUGUCUAAGCGGAUUCGUUGGUCAAUUCUGUGAGUCAUGUGCACCUGGCUACAGACGUGAGCUCAAAUACGGUGGACCAUUUAAUCGUUGUAUUAAAUGCGAUUGUCAUGGUCAUUCGGACAGCUGCGAUGCAGAGAGCGGAGCUUGCAUCUGUGAACACAACACUGCUGGUGAUACGUGUGAACGAUGUGCACGUGGCUACUACGGCAAUGCACUGACUGGCACAGAGACCGAUUGUGAUAAAUGUCCCUGCCCUGAGGAUGGACCGUGUAUUCUUCAUACCGACGGAGACGUCUUGUGUACGGAAUGUCCCAUAGGAUAUACCGGACGGCGAUGUGAAGAGUGUUCGGACGGCUACUUCGGUAAUCCUAAGGACGGUAUUCCAUGCAAAGAGUGUGAGUGCUCAGGGAACAUCGAUCCGAAUUCGAUCGGGAACUGUGACAAGGUCACUGGAGAGUGCAAAAAAUGCGUCUACAACACGUAUGGUUUCAACUGUGAAAAAUGUAAGCCGGGAUAUUGGGGUGACGCACUGCUCGAACCUAAAGGAGAUUGUAAAGCUUGCAACUGUUUUGCUCCUGGAACCCGUCGACCGAAUCACGAUUACACGGUUCUGGAGUGUUCACAGGAUAACGGGCAGUGUGAUUGCCUUCCUCAUAUCAUUGGAUUCCACUGUGAUCAACCAGAGCACGGCUAUUACAACAUCAGCUCUGGCGUUGGUGGUCAUCCAUGUGGUUGUGAUCCACUUGGAUCCGAGGACUCUUCUUGCGAUGUGGUUACCGGCAACUGUAGAUGUAAGCCAGGCGUCACCGGAAGGCAAUGCAAUGAGUGUGCACCAUAUCACUUUGGCUUUGGGCCAGAUGGUUGUCAACCAUGUGACUGUGAAGUCAUCGGCAGCGAAAGUCGACAGUGUGAUGUAACCAACGGACAGUGUCUAUGUCGUGAUCAUAUCGAGGGUCGACGUUGCGAUCAGUGUGUGGAGAAUCGGUACGACCUCAAAUCUGGAUGUCUUCCGUGUGACGACUGUUACACGUUGAUUCAGACGAGGGUGAACGCUUUCCGUGACAGCGUGAAACAGCUUGACAACACGCUCAGAGAGAUUAUUGAGAAUCCAGCACCAGUAAAUGAUACUGCUUUCGACGACCGUGUGAAACAAGUCAGCAAAGAAGUGCAGAACCUUGCCGAGCUCGUCACGAAGAAACUAGAAUCGGACGAUUCCGUCUUAGUCGGGCAAGUCGCUCAAUUGCGAAAAGAUGUUGCGGAUGCAUUGGUGAAUGUGAAAAGUGUAGACGAAAUGAUGGGAUCGGCUCGUGGAAAAGUGGAACAGACGGAAGUCGGACUUCAACGAUGGAAAAUCAUCAAUGAACAAGCGAGACGUGAACUGGAGAAUGCGCAACACUACUUGGAAACUGAGGGUAAAACGCAAUGGGAGUUGGCCAAAGAGGCUAGCAAGAAGUACGGAGAGCAGAGUCAACAGAUGUCCAAUCUUGCUCAAAAAACUCGGGAAGAAGCUGACAAGCAUGAACAGCAGUCGAAGGAGAUUGAAAAACUUGCUGAAGAAGCGAACAUGAAUGCGAAGAAGGCGCAUAAAGAGGCUAGAGAUGCUAUCUAUGGAGGCGAACAAGUUUCACAGCAAAUCGCAGAAAUGGAAGAGCGGCAAACGCAACUGAACGAGACGCUCGGAAGGACGUUAGAAUUGGCCCAGGAACAAAAAAAGGCUGCCGCUGCUGCCAAUCAGGCCGCUGCCGAAGCUCUAACAACAGUGGAAAGCCUUCGUCUCCCUAAUUUUGACCCACAACAGCUGAAAGCAGACGCGAAGGCAAUCAGUGAUGAUGCUAAAGUAGCCAUCGAGAAUACCAAGAAGGAAGCGGAGAAUAACAAGGAAAUCCUGGAACAGGCUGCUCGAGCAGCUGCUGAGGCCAGAAAUGAUUUGCAAAGCGCUGAGGACCAGCAGCAGAUAUCUGACGCUCUACUUGCCGAUGUCGAUGCUGCAAGAGCUCGAGCUGACGACGCCCUCAAAGUGGCUGAAAAUACGUUGAAAGACGCCGAAAGAACCCUGGAAACUCUCAACGAGUUCAAUGAACGAGUCGAGAAGUCCAAGGCGGCGGCUGCAGAGCAGCUCGGUAAACUGAACGAGAUCGAGGAUGCCAUAAAGAAGGCCGAACAAGUGACAACAGAAGCUGAGAACGCCAUCGGAUCGGCUGCAGUUGAUGCCGCCCAAGCCAAGGAUUUAGCUCGCCAGGCUGGUGAAGAUGCAAAAGUGGUCAAUGAGAAAGCAAACGCAUUCCAAAACAUGACAAUGCAAACGCGGAAAUCUGCUGAAACUCUGAAUGCCGACGUCGAUCAGCUGAUGGAGGAGCUGACGGAAACGAACUCUACCUUGGACAGUUAUAAGACGCAGGCGGAAACGGACAAGCAAAUGGCGACCGAGGCCGUCCGAAAGGCCUCGUUAGCCGAAAAAGCAGCUCGUGAUGCCAACACGACCGUGGCUGGGGAAGCUGAGCAAAUCAAGAAGAUCAUCGAUCGACUGAAUGCUCUCGAGUCAGUAAAUAAUGCCGAAUUAGAUGAAUUGGAAACUGAAUUAGACAGCUUGGAUAAGCUCCUCACUCAGGCCGAUAUAGAAAGCCAGGUCCCUCAGCAUAAAGUAUCCAAGACAGAAGAAGAUAGACGCAUAACGCAAAUAAAGAACGAAAUCGAUUUGCUGUCAAAGGAGGUGCGAAAUUUGGAGGAAAUUCGCGACGCGUUACCAAAGAAGUGCUUUAACCAGGUUAAACUGGAACAAGAAGGCCAGAAGAAGUGA